AUGGAUGAGCUCCCUGAAUCCGCGGCCACCAGGCCAAAGAAGGUCAUUCCCUUCAUCUGGACCGAAAACCUCAACACGACAUUCCUCAGCCACUUCUCUCCUCGCUUUCCGACCAACCGACACAGGAGCCGAUCAAGGGCAAAGUGGAACAGCUCCGAUAUCAGCAAUCUGCAGCGAUCUUUCAACCUUUGGGACGGUAUUCGGGCGCUUCAGAAGCGGAGAUGGCAGAAGACCGACUUGCAAUACGCCGUCCUGGCGUUCUUGCUGUUGUUCUCUCUUUCAAUUGCCCCGUCUGCUCCAGGUCUGAAGACCUUUGCAGUCAUCGGCGGUCUGUGGCUGCUGCUUAUGCCAGCGACGAGACAGUUCUUCCUGCCAUCGUUGCCUAUCUGGGUCUGGCUUGUGUAUUUCUUUUGUAGCCGCUUCAUCCCUUACGACUACCGGCCACACAUCUGGGUGCGAGUUCUUCCAGCCCUGGAAAAUGUCCUGUACGGCGCGAAUCUCUCCAACAUCUUGUCCGCUCACCAGCACGCGGUUCUUGACAUUCUCGCCUGGAUCCCAUACGGCCUCAUCCAUUUUGGUGCCCCCGUCUUCACCUCCCUCGUAAUGUUUAUUUUCGCCGCUCCCGGAUCGACUCCCGUCUUUGCUCGCACCUUUGGUUGGAUGAGCGUCCUCGGUGUCACUAUCCAGCUCGUGUUCCCAUGCACACCCCCAUGGUACGAAAACGAGCGCGGUUUGGUUCCCGCUCAGUAUGGGAUGCCCGGGUCACCCGCCGGCUUGGCACGAGUCGACGCGAUCUUCGGUAUCGAUCUGUACACGACCAACUUCUCAUCGGCACCUGUCCCGUUCGGUGCUUUCCCCUCCCUCCAUGCUGCGAACGCAGUUUUGGUCGCCCUCUUCCUGACCCACUGCUUCCCUCAGUUCAGGACUGCCCUCAUCAUCUACGCUGGAUGGGUUUGGUGGGCUACCAUGUAUCUGAGCCACCACUAUGCCGUCGACCUGGUGGCUGGCGGUCUGAUCGCCUCCCUCUUCUUCUACACCGCUCGUGCCCGCUGGCUUCCUCGUCGACAACCCGAGAACUUCACCCGAUGGGAUUACGAGUACGUCGAAUACGGUACAUCGCAUAAGCUCGAGGACGAGGAGCGUGGUCUUUACUAUUCGGCCGGGCUACUGGCUCGCAGCCGCAGCACCUCGAGCGAUGGCUGGACGCUUGGCAGCAGCUCCAGCUGGUCAUCCGGCAGUGGCACCCUGAGCCCGACAACCCCAGAAAGCGGCGGCUUCUUCCUCGAGGAUGGCACCAGCAACAAGUGGAAUGGGUCCAUUGCAGCAAGAGAGAUCGAACUCUCUGAGGUGGUAGUGACGCGAUGA